UAUAGGCGUCCGGGACAUCCGUUUUCUGUCUAGCACAGACUGACUGUUCAGUCUCUUAUGCGGUGAUUUAAUUUUAUUUUGAAUUUUUAUUUUUUAAUGAAACCAUGCAUCCAGACUCCAGCACUGAGUUCGACUUAUCGUCCAGCUGUAGCACAGCAUCGCCUGGCGGGGACACCCCUGGGUGCAGUCAGCAUCCUCCUGACUCGCUUUCAUCAUCAGUGGACAGCACCAAGGAUACUGAGACCAGUGCAGCAGCCUCCUUUGUUCCGACUGUGACUGCAAUCUCAACAUCGCCAGAACUAAAGUGGAUUGUGCAGCCUACAGUCAUCACAUCUGCCUCUCCGUCGCCCUGCCGUGCAAAGCCCAAAACUCAUGCAGCGACCCAGUCGUCUUCCCGGCCAGGUGCAAACAAGGCGAGAGCCAGCAACAGGAAAGGGCCAAAAGAGCAGCCUUCCAAAGAGGAGGAGGAAAGGAGGAGGAUCAGGAGGGAGAGGAACAAAAUUGCGGCAGCCAAGUGUCGUAACAGGCGGAGGGAGCUGAUAGAGACCCUUCAAGCUGAAACGGAUACUUUAGAAGAAGAAAAGUCCACCCUGGAGACAGAGAUUGCCAACCUGCUGAAGGAGAAAGAGAGACUAGAGCAUGUCUUAGCUUCCCACCAACCGUCCUGCAAACUCUCCUCAGAUGAUGACGGCGAUGGUGAUGAUGAUGAGGGGGAUGAUAAGGAAGAUGAUGUUGACACAAUGCUGCAGGAUCCACCGGACUCCCCGCAGCUGCUUUCCAUUUUAGAGAAUGGAAAAACCCCAGAGAGCAGCACAGCUGGAGAAGCCCAUAUUGGUCAAGACAUGAGCAGUGUCCCUUGCAUCCCUGCUGCAGCCAUCUUGGGAAACUCCAACAUCCUCCUGUGUUCCAGCGCAGAAGAGGAGGCUCUGGAGGAACUGAAAGGAGAUGACUUGGAUGACUUGGUGCCCAGCAUACAGAUGGAAGUGACGCCCGAGACGGCCGCAUCUGUCCCUGACAUACUACAGAGUACUGACCUGAGUGGGCCCUUCUGCCUCUCAGACUGGGAAACCCUAUACAAGUCCGUGGCAAGCGACCUUGAGUCUCUGAGCACCCCAGUCAUGUCUUCCAGUCCCACUUGUAGCAAUUACCGCACAGUGUUUUCCUUCAAUCACUCCGAGAUUGAUUCCCUGGCUGACGGCUCCGAGUGCCUCAAAGGCAGCCUCGGUGCAUCCGAGUUAAUGAAAGAUAGUCUUAACUCGCCCACACUCCUGGCCUUGUGAAUGCAAAGAAGUUAUGCAACAUUACUGUAUUCUAACCAGCCAGCAAGCUCCAGUCGCUCUCAAAUAACCUUUUGUAGUGUGAGUUUCGAUGUCGUGCAUAUACCUGAAAAUCAGAGAUUGUGUAGAUGCAGUGUUUUUCUGUGACUGUAAACACGGUUGAGUUCUUCCAUGCUGUUGCUGCAGUUGUCUGAGAUGAGACCUUGUGCUAGUAAAAUGCAUGCAAAUACAAGUCAUCUGUAAUCCAAGAAGAGAUGGUAUUGUGUUGUUAAAAAAAAAAAAGCUCUGCGUGUGGUCUGAAACAAGAUCCUGCUGAGUAGCUUAAUAUAUGUGUAACACUGUUUUUGACAAAGCUGUGUUGUAACAAGUGAAUUAUAGAAGGAUACUAAUAUGUAAGUGUAACAUCUUGCUGUAAGGUGCCCCGCCCCCCCCACCCCGCCUCCAGACCUCAACUGACAUUUCCUUCUACAUUUGUUUUCCAUGAAAAACAAGAUCAUGCCAUGUAUUUUAUUGAGAUGUAUUUUAUGACAUAGUUUAUUUUUUUACUUAUGAAAAUAUAGAGAUGCAAAAAAAUCAACAACAAACAAACAAAAUCAGAAACAAAAGAAAACUAGAAACUAGAUAUUGAUAAAAUA